AUGCUUGUAAGGUGUCUUGUGGCGAGCACAUCGUUCGCAACCAGACAGGGAAAUUCCUGGACGACACCGGGCCGGCUGCAAGGAUGCUCGUCCAUGUCGCUCCCACAGCGGCCAUUGACACAUCGGCAAGCAGAGAUGGGCAAGAGCAGGCCUGGAUGUCGUCAGAUCAACGGUCCAGUCUAUGGAGGCCUGCUCGUGAGGAAGGCAUGUCUGUGUUUCAUCUUCCUUGUCUUAAGCACCAUGGGGCCAAUCCUCUUUGACUGGGUGAAACGCGGGAAUUCUGGGAGCUUUCCCUUCUCCGUGCCAGCGCUUGUCUUCAAUGCCUGGGCGAUUGAUGCUUUUGUUGGCUUCUGCUGGGCUGUGACCCAGGGCUCCAAGAGUUUUCAGCUCCUAUGGCGUCCAGAUAUGGUGUGGCGCUUCUUCAUUACCACCUCUUUAUUUGUGGCUGGGGACAUGCUCAGCUUCAUGUCGAUCGAGCACCUGGAUGUGGGCACUUUCAGCCUGGUUGGGAAGGCACUGGCCAUCAUUUUGACAGUCUUGUUGUCCAGACUGGUUCUGAAGAAGGGCCAAAGCCUACAGCAGUACUCGCUUGUGGCUGCUGUCGCAGUGGCGACAAUGUUUUUCUGCCAAUCCGAAGUCCAAGCACGCCAGGCAGCCAACCUGGCCAAAGUCUUAAGGAGCCCAACGCAGGCUUCGAUGUCUUGGUACUUGGGCCUGGCUGAACGAUCCACUGCAGUCUUUCUCACAUCACUUGCGGCCGUCCUGCAGGAGCAGCUGCUCACCAAUCGGCCAGGAAUUCCCUUUAUGGUCCAGCAAAGCUGGAUGAGCUUGGCUGCAAUGACUCUGAGCCUACUUACAUUAAGGUUCGUGCACGGCCUGCCUUUGUCGGCAUUGACGGAGGGGUUCGGGCACUGGCGAGUACUUGUGCUUCUGUUCUCCUAUGUCGCUAGUGGCCUCACCACUGCGCUGAUGGUUAAAAAACUGGGGGCUAUUGCCAAGUCCCUCUGCGUCCCGAUUUACCUGGGUUUCUGCUAUGCUUAUGCCGUCUACACUGGCUCUGCGUCGCUGACACUUCAGGUCCUCGCAGCCUGGACUGCGAGCACGGCCUGCAUCCUGCUCUACGCCAUUUCCAAGAUCAAGGCCCAGGCGCCUGGGUCACAGCCGAGAAAGGCGACAACCCGGACCCGCAGUGUGGCUUUGGAGACCACGGAUCCAGCGCCAGAGAGCACCUCGCUUGAGCGCCAGUCGAGUGAGGAUCCGGCAAACACCUGUGAAACUGCCUUCGGGCGUGGUAUUGCCUUGCCCUUGACACCGUCAUCUGCAGAGACGAUCAACGAGACGGAUUCGAGCGCCGACGCAUCUGAAUCUAAGCGAAUUGGGCCCUACAAAGUGGAGGAGUUGGCCUUACGCGCGGAAUUCCUGAAACAGGAGCUGAAGCAGCUGGAAGCAACGGAUGCUGAAGAGGCAACUAAGAAGCGUAUAGACACUUCUGCGCAAUUAUUGCGCACCUACGACGCAGUCCGUCAGAAUCUACAGACAUCGCAGGCCCAGAGGGAUGAGGUGAGGCAUCUUCGAGAACAAGAGCUUUUGGCUUUGCAGCAGCAGAUCCAGGCACGAAUGGUUGGUUUGCAAAGCUUCGCGGACAGUUGUACUUCCCAGCAAAGGGAUCUCGAGGGAGAGCUCAACCAGUCGCAAGAUAGCAUCAAACUCCAACUUCAGCACAUGGACGAGGUUCGGGCCGGCAUCGACAAAGAGAUAGAUGAACUGGAUGAAAGAAAGCGCCAGCUCAGGAUCGAAUUGGACACCGUCUCUCGCCAGCUGGAUGAGGCGCGAAUGAAGCAGAAACAGCACAUGGAAUCCUGCGAUCGGCAACGUGCUGAGUUCUACAACACGAAAGCCGCACUGAAGGAAAAGUUAGAUGCGGCAAACACGGAUGGCGCUGCCAAGGCCAAGGAGAAGGAGCUGCUGGACCAAACAAGGCAGCUGAUCGAAGAGACUGGCCUCGCUCUCCAGCGCACAGUCCGCGAGCAGACGGAGGAAUUAAAGCAAAAGCAGGCAGAGUUUCAGAGCCAUUUCAAGUUGCUCUUACUCGAUCACCUUCGUUAUGCAGAGGGAAGAGCAAAGGACUUGCAAGCCGAGGCCCAGAAGGCUGUGGCAUCACAGGACCCCGGCGCCAAAGAAGCAGCCCGGGCAGCAGCACAGGGAGCCGCCGAUGCGCUUGACGAGCUCUGCAAGGACAUUGAUUUUGUGGGCGACUCCGGUGUGAAGGCACAGCUUGAGAACCUGAGAGUCGCACACGGUGCCACCCUGGCCCUCCUCGGUGCGCCAGCCAGCGCGGCUUCCGCACCGGCCACCGCCGCCGCCACCUUGUCGCCCCCGGCGGAGGCGGCCUAUCCAUCGGAGUCUGCAGCUCAUUCCUCGCAACAGCUUGUGGACGGUGAGUCCUUGCGGGCCUUCUCGCACCGCCAACCUUGUCACAAGCUUUCGGAGCAGGCUGCGAGGCUCUACUACCGACAGGUCGUCGAGGGCGUCGCUGUUUGCCACGAACGGCUUGUCGCACACAGAGAUUUGAAGCUCGAGAAUGUGCUUCUGGACAAAGGUCGAGAAGGCGUGAAAAUCAUUGACUUCGGCUUCGCAGCACACGUGCCUAGCAAAGAAACAAAGCUGAAAGCCUUUUGUGGCACACCAUCGUACAUGGCUCCGGAGAUCAUACGCGGUGAGGGUUACUCAGGCUUUGCAGCUGACGUGUGGGCCCUGGGAGUGGUGCUCUUUGCACUGCUGUCGGGGACGUUGCCCUUUUCGGCGAAGACUGAGAUGCAACUCUAUGCCAGAAUUCGACGUGGCAGCUUCACGUUUCCUGACUGUCUCGGAGACUCACAGAAGCGCCUGCUCCGUGGAGUCCUGCGAAAAGAUGCUUCGGCCAGGCCCUCGGCCUCAGCGCUCUUGCAGCAUGCCUGGGUAGCCGGCCGCGAUGAUGGAGGACAUCUCUCGGGUGUAGCAACCGCCACUGCUUUCCUGACUGACAGUGGGAAGGCCUCGAACAGGCAGGCUCUGCAGCCCGCUGAGGCACCGGUGCGAGCGCACGGAUACCCCAAGUCCGUCACGAAUCAGACGGCGCACUUGGACGAUCUGACGCAGAAGAUCUGCGGGGUCUCCAACAAAGGCGCGACGGCUUUCGGGGGCAGCUGA